UGGGAAAGUUUGGCUUUUCACCGAGAAAAGUGACUGAAAUGAUUAAUUGGUUAUCAAAAUAGUGGAUUAAUAGAUCAGUCGGUUCAGCUGUACUUUCCUGAGGUACAUUUUGUUGCAAAGACUUGUGUCUUGUAGGUUUACUUAAGUGAAAUCAUGAAUGACGUUUACUUGUGGUGGAGUAAUUUAACAAUAAAAUAUUGAUACUUUUACUCAAGUGAAAGAUCUCUUGUUCCAUCAACCACAUUAGUCAGACAUUUCAUAUUAUUGCCAUGAAACAAGUUUUAUCCAACAGCAAACGUGAGAGGCGCCACUGAGAAGAACACAAGUGGAGCUCGAGGAGGAUAAUUUAGACAUUAGAUAACAAAGACAGUACAUCAGGUUAGUAAAGGGGCGUGGCCGCUGGUAGCUUCCAGGCACAUUCAUGGUUUGGUCGACUGGCGGAGAGUGGGAGAGAGUGCUGCGCUGCGGAGGAGGGAGGGAGGGAGGGAGAGAGAGGAGGAGGAACUACUGGACGAAAAAAAAGUUAAAGUAAAAAUGGCUUCCUUGUCUUUGGAGUCUACAGAACAAUCUGAGAACAGCCCAGAGGAGCCAACGGCAACGGAGCCCAAAGAAGAGAAAGAUCCGGUGCAAGUUUCGGAACAAUUACUCCAAAGUUUCCAAAAGUCGGCUCUGAGUUUUUCCACUGACCAAGUAUCAUGUCUAUGCGAGGCCCUUCUGCAGGCGGGCAAUGCGGAUCGCCUGUGGAGAUUUCUAUCCACCAUACCUCCUUCGUCCGAGCUGCUACGUGGCAACGAGACCCUGUUGAAGGCCCAGGCACUGGUGGCUUUCCACCGGGAAGAAUUCAAGGAGCUGUACGCGAUCCUGGAGAGCCACGACUUCCACCCGUCUAACCAUGGGUUCCUGCAGGACCUGUACCUGAGAGCCCGCUAUAAGGAGGCGGAGAGGUCCAGGGGCCGCAGCCUGGGCGCAGUGGACAAGUACCGGCUCAGGAAGAAGUUCCCCCUGCCCAAAACUAUCUGGGACGGAGAGGAGACCGUGUACUGCUUCAAAGAGAAGUCCCGAAAUGCCCUGAAAGAGUGCUAUAAGAGCAACAGGUACCCCACUCCGGACGAGAAGAAAAACCUGGCCAAAGUCACCGGACUGUCCCUCACACAGGUCAGCAACUGGUUCAAGAACCGCAGGCAGAGGGACAGGACCCCAUCCGGGACCCACAGCAAAAGUGAGUCUGAUGGGAACCACAGCACCGAAGACGAGGCAAGCCCCAUGGACGACACCCCUGACAAACCAGAGGAGGCUGUUGGCUCCACAGCGUCCAUCAUCUCCCUCUCUGCUGUCCCCUGUAGCACAGGAGGCCAGCUCAUCCUCAACGGCUCCGGUGGCUUCCUCGCAGCCUCUCAGUCGUUACUUCUUAAUGGAAAUUCCCUGAUCUCCAGUACUGGUGCUGGUGUCAUAAUUAACGGGCUAAGCUUGGGCGAUUGCCAGACAGUCACAUUGAGUCCUGUUGCUACCAACUCUCCUUUGAUACUGAACGGGGCUCAGGUGAUAACCAAACCUAGUAUCGGUGUGCAGCAAGCAGUUUCUGUGGCAGAGCAGGAGGUUUCAGCCAUGGAGGCCAAGACAAGCAGUCUUCCAGCAGUUGUUCUUAGCACUAACACCACACCAGUCUCAAACCCUCCGUCCAUCAUCUCUCUUCCUCUGCAAACCAAGACAGGCAGUGGCAAUGCAAUGGAUUUCAUCAGUGUCCCUGAUUCAGAGGGCCAGACAGUAUCUUCCUCCUCUUCAUCUUUAUCCCCCUCCUCACCAACUCUGUCUACUCCAACCAGUCUCCCCUCACUAGUCCUAACACAAAACACCGAACACCAGGAGUCCCUCACCCUCCCGGCCUCUAUGUCUUCUGCAGGCAUGGUAAUCUCCAGUUCUGCCAUGUCUCUCUCCAGUCAGCAAGGGGAGUAUGUUGUCUUUGCCACUGCUGGCUCCCAGUUAAACCCUUGUAGCUCUGUGGUUUCCUCCACCCCUCAGGUCUUUUCUCUGCCCCAGGUUGUGCCUUCCAUCCAGGGUAUACCAGUAUCCCAGCUGGUCCAGCACUCCUCAGGAGCCCAGGUGUCCCAGUGUCCUCAGUUGGUCCCAGUAUCCCCCCUCACCUCGCCAGCUCCUCCGUUCCAAAGCCAGACAGUGAACACAGGCAACAGACUGGCACAACACCAGCAGGAUGCUUCGACAAGUCUGCCUGAAGGUGCCACAACCAUAGUCUCUAUCGCACAGCUUAACAACCAUCAGUUCCCGCAGCGAACGGCACAGCAACUGGGGGACCAAACCACAAACUCCACACCCGGCAAAAUCCAGGUCCCACAGGUUAUUUCCAUCUCUUCCCCGACACAAGUAGUCCCAGUCCCCCAGGCCAAAGGCCCGACACCAGCACAGUUAGUCCCCCUCUCCAUGCCUCAGCUGGUCCCGGUCUCCUCCAUCCAAACUUCUUCCAGCAUCUCUUUCCCCCAAGUGGUACCUGCCAGUCCUUCUCUCUCCAUCCCCUCUGCUGGAGUUCCCUUACAGAUCCUGACUUCAGCUCCUGCAGCUGCAGGGGUCGCACAGGGUCCUCUCAGGAUAAACCAGCUGAGGCCCAUUCAGAGUGUAGGUUCCCCAGCCAGUGUGGCCCCUGGUGUGCAGCUCCUCAACUCUGGGAUCAUUCAGCUGCCCCCUGCUCCUCCAGGUAACCUUCUCCUCGGUGGAAGCCCCUACCUGAGCGUCCAGCAAGGCAAGCUGAUCCUGACCAUCCCAGCGGGCAUUCAACUCACCAGUUUGCCCCUGAAACCAGUCCACGAGGCUUCACCCAUCUCUGCUAAUGGAGUGAGUCCCAUUCUCACCCCCUCCACCCCUCUUGUAGCCUCCCAGCCAUUAACCACCUCAGGCCCGACCCCCAGUGGCCUCACAUCAUCUCCCCUAAACUUCAUCAACUCGUCUCCACUAUACUGUGCUCCAGAGAGUGGGACACCUGCCGUCCCCUCCCCUCAUACGCUGGACCAUUCAGUCACUCCCACAACGCCAAACACUCUUACUCCAGAAAGUAUGCUUACCCUCAGUCCCAUGUACAGUGGAGUGACACCCAACUCCCAGUUGUCCCAACCAGCCUGGAGCCCCGUGCCGCUCUCCACUUCAACUAGUCUGACUCUGUUUGAUGUACGCGGCAAGGGGGACCUACCUGUAGACCCAGCUUUGUUAGGUCUACCUGGAGGAGAGUCGCUGCUCCUGGGAAGCCCCUCGUCAGAGCAGGACGUGGAAGCCAACUCAGCACUGGGGAAUCCAGAGGAGCUGGACGGGGACUCCAAGAUUCUUACUCAGCUCCAGUCUGUCCCUGUGGAUGAUGAGCUGGGCUUGUAGGCUGUUUACGUUGCUGUUUGGCAACCCCAAGUCUCUAAAAACAAAAGCAAUGAAGCAUACAGUAGGUUACAGACUCUGCUGUUUGUUUUUUAUGUGAUCUAAAAGAUUUUAUUCCACAUUGUCAAUCCUCUAAGACCCAAAUGUCUUUUACAAUAUCUUUAGGUUCUGACAUGUAUACCGUUGUGGUCUUAGCUGGCACUUUUGAGAUAAAUCCUCUGCAGUUCUAUUCCACAUGGAUGGGCAGGGUUAUAUGUGACGUUCACCUCUGCUGAUUCAACAACAGAAUAUUCCUCUGGGUUUUGCCUGAGAAUUUUGAAUGUUAGAGGGUUUUUUGUUUUGUUUUUUUGCUAAAAUCCGUGCGUGCCUUACCUGUUUUAUCAGAUCCAGACAGAAUAACUAACACAUAUUAGUCUGCUUGGCCCAGUUACAGGUCCUGGUGUAAAAAAAGAAAAACUAUAUUAUGCAAGAUGUCAUGGCUUUGCCUAUUCUCUCAGCUCUUCUUUGCAGUUUUGUGGACUGCAGACUAAGUUCAGCUGUACUUGGAAAAGGUAUCUGGGAUUUGUAUUGGCAGUAGAAGUAGUUUGUUGUGGAUUCUCCACAGUAACUAUACACCGGACUAUCUGGCAAAGGCAUAAAUCUACAAAUAGUUGAGCAUUGCCUGCCUGUCCAGAACUCAGAGUUUCAGGAUGUUGGUUUUCUUUCUCUUGUUCUCAGCCUCAAUAUAUUAUUCUACCAACACUCCAGGAAUAUAGUGAAGUUUAUAUUCUUCACAAACAGAACUGAGUUGAGUUGGUUGAGUUUUAUGUGAAACCGUUGGAAUUUGUUUUCUUCAACCAUUAUUACUCCAUAGCUUCGAGGGCUAUAAAACAGUGUUUUAUUGCUACAAGUUCCUGAAGUCUGGCUUGAAACAUGCAGCCUGACUGCAUUUUAUCAGUAAACUGUUUUAAAUUACUUUCUGCAGUUUUCAAGUGAGAAUGCUGCACUCCAUUAGUAAAAAUAUAACACAGGAAAUAAAAGGGUCUAUACUCCUAUGCAAUGCAUGUUUAGCUCUUUAUAGGACACUAUGUGGCACAAUGGCUGAGUUGAAAAGCCAGUACACUUGGGAGAUGAGAAAAAGCUUUUAAAUACUGAGCUUUUAAAUGAAGCAUGACACUAAAACGUUGCUGUGAUCCCACUUAGUGAUAUUUUUGUUCAUCAAAUGCAUCCAAAAUCUCUGUUUGUUGAUCUUGAUAAGUGCCUUAUUUUAAAGCUUACAUGUUCAAUGUUUUUGAAAAACUGUUUUUACAAUUGCUAUAUACCCGACCAAAUUUUGGGAUUCAUUUUAUGGACAUUUCUAGAUCUGUUUGAUCUCCAUUGAAACAUAAUGUGACCGUUUUGGUUGCAUAGUCACAGCUUGAUCUCCUGUUUUUGUAUAUUUUGCACCUUUCAUUCACACAAUGUUUACGCUGCGCUGCCGUGCUGUUAUGACAGUGCUUGGACUCAUAUUCUGUUCUGACAUUUCCAUUUCUUUCUUAAUUCAACCGCAAUAAUCCCCACUUGACAGAAUGGCUAAAGAGGUAAAUCAGAAAACAGGAUCCUGAUGAAGUCUGUCGUAAAUUGAUGGAUCAGCACCUUCAAUUUAAACUUCAGAAUCCCCAUCGUCAUAUGAGCUUUCCACUGUCAUAACACAGUUAGCGGUCAAACUUUUGGCCAAUUAUGGUACACAAAAAAACACUUCAGUGUCGCAUCUAGUUACAAUAAUGGCCUUUGUGUUCUGUGUUGUUUUUAUUAGUAUGUUUGUUGUUUGUCUUUUUUGUGCAUUUAAUCUAUUUAAAGCAUGUAUCGGUUUCUAGUUUUAAUGGAAAGAAAAUGAGUCCUUGUGGAAAAAUAGGAAAUUAUAUUCAUUUUCACUUAGAAGGUCACAUUGUUGUGCAAACUGAGGUUUUACAAUCUUAGACUACAGGUAUUAAAUCAGUUUUGAUGGCAGAUAGGUCAUUGAAAUACAGUAGGUCACCCCUUGUUAAUAAAAUUUUCACUUGUUCCCAGUAUAUUAUUAAAUGGCUUUGACAAAUCAAUUUUAAUUUUAAUUUUGCUGAACAUUUAAAUUAGUUAUGGGUAAAGGGAAAUGUGUUUAUGGAAAAUAUGGUAGCCUGCGUUUGUUUAUAUGAGCCAUUUCUUACCAAAGUAUGUAGACAUUAAAGCCUCUGGGCUUACGCACAUUUGUACCCCUGUUUGUUUGUAGCCUGGGAUAUGUUUUUACUCCCUCCUACCUGACGCAUGACGUGUAUGACUCCAGAUUUAACCAAAGAUAAUGUAUUUUGAUGGACUUUUUGAUAGUUUUGAAAGGGAUCAUUUGUGUCGGUCGUUCAAAGGUUCUUGUUUUCUCAUUUUUGUAUUCAAAUGCAUUCUAUUUUUUAUAUUACAUAAUAUUGUAAUAAACUACAUUUACAAAAAG